GGUUCCAUCUAUAAAAGAAAAGUCUUUCCCAUUCACUUUGGUCCAACCCCUGACCUUUGGCUUCUUCUCGUCUAUUCUGCUUUUCUCUGUUCUCUCUUCGAUUUCCCUUCGUUUUCUCUCGGUUUCUUUUCAACCCAGCGAAGCUCAGAGGGCAAGAGAACCUGAGGCGUAGCUUUAAUUCAAUCGAGGGAUUUGGAAUUUGAAAAAAUCCUUGAGGAAUUUUCGAAGCGGAUCUCUCUUUUGGAAUUGGGAGCUCUUCGUUGAGUGAUUAGCUGGUCAAGUGGUGCAAGAAGUAGCUUUUUAGUAAGUUACAGUUCUCCUUUGGCUUAUAACCAAUGGCCUAGCUCAGAGAGAAAGAAAAGACAGAAUCUUAAACCGCCUUGCAAAGAAAGGAAUUGAUGGAUAGCAAUAACUGGAGGCCUACUCCUCCCGGUGGAGAGCCCACAAUGGACACAGGUGAUUGGAGAACCCAGUUGCAGUCUGAUUCACGACAAAGGAUUGUCAACAAGAUAAUGGAUACAUUGAAGAAGCACCUUCCAUUUUCUGGCCAAGAAGGUUUAAAUGAACUCAGGAAAAUUGCUGUAAGGUUUGAGGAAAAGAUUUUUACGGCAGCAAGCAGCCAGCCUGAUUAUCUAAGGAGAAUAUCCUUGAAGAUGCUUUCAAUGGAGAACAAGUCUCAGAAUACUAUACCAAACACUAGGAAUAACGGCAAACCUCCUGAUCCAGGUUCUCAGGCCAUGCAGAACCAAGUUCACGGUCAAGGGCAAUCAAUUCCUAUCCCACUACAAAGUAAUCAGUCACAAGCACGUCAACAACUGUUGCCCCAAAAUGUUCCAAAUAACAUGGCAUCUGCUGGAGUUCAAAGUUCUGCUGGUUUACAAUCUGGAAUGCUUCCUGUCUCUGGUCUAACCCAGAAUCCUAUACCUAAUGUUGUUGGCCAGAAUUCCAACAUGCAGAACAUGUCUGGAAUUACGCAGAAUUCACUGGGGCAAGGGAUGCCUUCCAAUAUUUUUGCCAAUCAGCAGAGGCAAAUGCAAGGAAGGCAACAGGUGCAUCCGCAACAGCAACAGCAACAGCAGCAGCAGCAGCAGCUAUACCAUCAGCAGUUACAACAUCAACUUAUGAAGCAAAAGUUUCAACAGGGAAAUAUCCAAACAUCGCUUACUCAGUUGCAAUCUUCUCAGCAAUCUGGUAUGCAAACAUCAUCUGUUAUGCAGCCGUCUGCAAUGCAAUCAACUCCUCUUCCUGGUCUUCAACAGAAUCAGCAAUCUUCUCUGCAACAGUCAACCCAGUCCAUGCUUCAGCAGCAUCAACAGUCAGUCCUUAGACAGCAGCAACAGCCACAACAGCCUGCCAGUGCUGGUAUUCAUCAACAACAAACACCAAUGACACAGCAGUCAAUGAUGCCUCAGCAGCACCAGCAGCCUCCACAGCACCACCAGCAGCAGCAGCAGCAGCAGCCACACGUAAUGGGACAACAGACAAAUGCUGCAAAUAUACAGCAGAAUCAGUUAAGUGGACAACAAAACAACAUUGGGGACAUGCAGCAGCAGAGAUUGCUAGGCCAGCCUAAUAAUCUUUCAAACCUGCAGCAACAGCAACAGCAGCAGCAGUUAAUGGCUCCGCAAAACAAUCUCUCAAAUAUACAUCAGCAACAGUUGGGUCCUCAGAGUAAUAUUUCAGGAUUACAGCAACAGCAGCAGUUGAUUGGAACCCAGUCGGGUAACUCAAGCAUGCAAACUAAUCAGCAAACUUUACACAUGCUAUCCCAGCCUAAGUUUCCACUCCAACAAACGCAGCAGAGUGCACCUAGUUUGUUACCAACUCAAGGACAGACAUCCCAGCAGCCGCCGCAGCAGCAGCAGCAGCAAUUGAUGUCACAAUUGCAAUCUCAGUCUACUCAGUUGCAGCAACAGUUGGGUUUGCAACAGCAGCCCAAUCAAUUACCAAGAGAUAUGCAGCAGAGGCUUCAAGCAUCAGGUCAAGCAUCAAGUCCCUUGCUUCAAUCACAAAAUCUGAUAGAUCAGCAAAAGCAGUUGUAUCAAUCGCAGAGAGCUGUUCCAGAGACAUCAUCAACGUCUUUAGAUUCCACAGCUCAAACAGGACAUGCAAAUGGUGGUGAUUGGCAGGAAGAGGUCUAUCAGAAGAUCAAAACCAUGAAAGAGACAUACUUGCCUGAAUUAAAUGAGAUGUAUCAGAAAAUCGCUGCCAAAUUGCAGCAGCAUGAUUCUCUUCCACAGCAGCCUAAGUCAGACCAGCUUGAGAAGUUGAAAUUAUUCAAGAACAUGUUGGAGCGCAUUAUAACUUUCUUAUCAGUUUCCAAAGCAAAUAUCUUACCCACUUUCAAGGAUAAGUUGACCUCGUAUGAGAAGCAGAUAAUAAAUUUCAUAAACACCAAUAGGCCAAGGAAGCCUGCCUCAACGCUGCAGCAAGGACAGCUUCCUCCACCUCAUAUGCAUUCCUUGCAGCAGCCACAACCUCAAAUUAAUCAGACACAGACUCAUGAUAAUCAAAUGAACCCUCAGUUGCAGUCAAUAAAUAUACAAGGUUCUGUGCCAACAAUGCAGACAAACAAUAUGACAAGUUUGCAGCACAAUUCUUUGUCUUCUUUACCUGUGGUUUCAACAGCCCAGCAGACCAUGUUAAAUUCACUGCAGCCAGGUUCCAAUUUGGAUUCUGGACAAGGAAACACCAUAGGCUCAAUGCAGCAGGUUGCUCCAGGACCUAUACAACAAAAUCCUGUGAGUACCUCCCAGCAAGCAAAUAUCAGCAGUUUGUCAUCACAAAGUGGUAUAAGUGUUCUGCAGCAAAACAUGAAUCCUCUUCAGUCAAAUUCCAACAUGCUUCAGCACCAGCAUCUAAACAAGCAGGAACAACAAAUGCUGCAGUCACAACAGCUCAAACAGCAGUAUCAACAGCGCCAGAUGCAGCAGCAGCAGUAUAUCCAGAAGCAGCAGCUGCUGCAACAGCAACAGCAACAACAACAGCAACAACAACAACAGCAGCAGCAGCAGUUGCACCAACAAGCAAAGCAACAGCUGCCCACACAGUUGCAGACACACCAGAUGCCACAGCUGCAUCAGAUGAAUGAUGUAAAUGAUAUGAAAAUGAGACAGGGGAUGGGUGUUAAGCCGGGGGUCUUUCAACAACAUCUCCCAGCUGGCCAGCGCCAACCUUAUGCCCAUCAGCAGUUGAAACCAGGUUCUCAAUUUCCUAUUUCUUCACCCCAGCUCAUUCAGGCUGCAUCUCCCCAGAUGCCUCAGCAUUCUUCCCCUCAGGUUGAUCAGCAAAGCCUGCUAACAUUGAUCUCAAAAACUGGAACCCCUUUGCAAUCUGCGAACUCACCUUUUGUUGUUCCUUCACCUUCAACUCCGUUGGCCCCAUCACCUAUGCUUGGGGAAUCUGAGAAACCUGUUCCAGGCACUUCUUCUCUCUCAAAUGUGGCAAAUGUUGGACAUCAACAAGGAACUGGUGUUCAACCAGGCUCCCAAUCCCUCGCAAUUGGCACUCCUGGGAUAUCAGCCUCACCUCUCCUUGCAGAGUUCACUGGAGCAGAUGGCACUCAUGCUAAUAAUUUGACAACUGUUUCUAGCAGGUCAAAUGUUACAGAGCAGCCUCUUGAACGUUUAAUGAAGGCGGUGGAAUCCAUGUCACCUACAGCAUUGGGUGCAUCUGUAAGUGACAUUGGCUCAGUUGUCAGCAUGACUGACAGGAUAGCAGGGUCAGCACCAGGUAAUGGAUCUAGAGCUGCUGUUGGUGAGGAUCUGGUUGCCAUGACAAAGUGUCGUCUGCAAGCAAGAAAUUUCAUCACCCAAGAUGGAAUGAAUGGGACAAAGAGAAUGAGGCGUUACACUAGUGCCAUGCCCCUAAAUGUUGUAUCAUCUGCAGGGAGCUUAAAUGAUAGUUUCAAGCAAUUAACUGGUUCAGAGACAUCUGACUUGGAGUCAACUGCAACAUCUAGUGUCAAGAGGCCUAGAAUUGAGGCUAAUCAUGCCCUUUUGGAAGAAAUAAGGGAAAUAAACCUACGGCUUAUAGACACAGUGGUCGAUAUCAGUGAUGAAGAUGUUGACCCAAGUGCAGCAUCAGCAACUGCUGAAGGGGGUGAAGGAACCAUUGUCAGGUGCUCUUUCAGUGCUGUGGCUCUCAGUUCAAACUUGAAAUCACAGUAUAUGUCGGCCCAAAUGUCACCAAUUCAGCCCCUGCGUUUACUAGUUCCAACAAAUUAUCCAAAUUGUUCCCCAAUACUAUUGGACAAGUUUCCUGUUGAAGUCAGUAAGGAGUACGAAGACCUUUCAGUUAAAGCAAAGUCGAGGUUUAGUAUAUCGCUGCGAACCCUUUCACAGCCUAUGUCACUUGGUGAGAUAGCAAGGACUUGGGAUGUUUGUGCACGAGCCGUAAUUUCUGAGCAUGCGCAACAGAGUGGUGGAGGCAGCUUUAGCUCAAAAUAUGGGACUUGGGAGAACUGCUUGAGUGCUGCAUAGCAAUCUUUGCUGACUCGAUCAAAAGCAUAAACUGGAGUUUUUCUGAUGAUUGAUGACAAGAAUUUGCCAAUCUGCUAUCAAAAGGACUGAAUAAGCAGUUUUUGGAUGUGUAUAUUGGCAAUCGAAAUUCAUUCAAGGAAGCAGCCUCGGGUGAUGGUUGUCAACUUGAGAACUCCCGAGGUUGGUUCAUAAUUUCUGUCAUAAGGUAAUUAUUGUUGUUUGUAUGGGUCAACACAUGCGGCAUCAAUUAGGUUUACCAUCCAAUUCUGUUUAUAACCCUGCUGCAUUAUGUUAUGUAAGUUUGUAACAGAUUAUAUGGCUUCCCUGCUUCCCCAAAUCAGUCUGUAAGUUCUUUGAAUGGGUUGUAAAACGGGAGUCCUGUGUACAAAUUUUUCAGUUUUGUGAUAAAUGCAAAACUCUAAUUAUGAUAAUUAUCAAUUCAAGAUUUGUUUUCAUUGGCUAA